UUUAUACACCGUUAAAUAAUUGGGGCAACUAUAAUGUUUUCAUUAGUGUCGGUCUCUGUGUUUUAUAUUGAUUGUGUUCUUUUUCACUUCUUGUAUUUUCUUUACAGGAAUACGACACUAUGGAUAUUGAUAUGAUAGGCAGACUUCUCCUAAAUGAUAUAUUCAAUCGCAUAGCAAGCAAGAAGCUCAUUAUUUCCAGGAUCAGCUUCAUCGGCUUUUCUUUGGGCAAUCUAAUAAUACGCUCAGCCCUCGGGAGACCUGAAUUUGAUUGCUACCGUGGAAACCUGCACACUUACCUCUCCUUCGGUGGACCACAUAUGGGCCUUCUGUACCACAACAUGUUUCUUGUAAAAACUGGUAGGGAUUUACUGGCCACAUUGCUUUAUUAUUGACAAGUAAUUCAAAGAUUAGAAACAACAAGUAAUAUAUGUAUAUGGAUUUAAA